GACCCAAAUAGUCGGCAGUGCUCCUGCAAUUUUUGAUAAUUUAUCGCGAGAUAAAGUUUCUAAAAAUGAGGAAAACGAUCAAAAUGUCCCUUAAAUCAACGAAGAAUCAUAGCAGAUGAAAGGGGGAAAUACGCUCAGGAAAAUACAAGAUGAUGCCAAAAGUCUUUCUUCUUCAGUUGAUUUUAUCUAUUUUAGCCGUUUUUCAAGAUGCAACUUGUAAAGUAUCCACAGCACACUCAAAGGAACGGUCGACAAUCGAGGAACGGUCGACAAUCUUCGACUCUCGAGUUCUCAACAAGGUCAGAACGCUAUUCACCCAGAGCGUUCAAACGUUGACCAGAUCACCGACACAAACAGGACAGAAGAAAUCAAUCAUCAGCACAGUCGAUUCAGAAAAACCUCUUCAUUUGAAAAUUGAUCCUCGUCAGUUUGGAAACGCUUUGCUCAAUCAAGCAAACGAAAAUGCCGCGAGAAAAUCAGACAUUUACAUGAACAAAGCAAUCGAUGCAACCGCUUUAGGUGUCGCUGUUCUGAAACUUAUCUUCGGUAAAGAUGCUAAGAUGGUUAUGAAGGACACCAAGAGUGUGGACACGAAGGCUGAUUUGAGGACGAAGGAAGCUCGCCCAAGAAUCACAUCGUGGACAGGUAUAACUCAAAAUGCUGACAGAAAAAGUUUGAAUAAGAAUAGGAAGUUUAGCUCGAAAGGCUCGGAUGGAGUUGGGAAAUUAAGCAUGGAUAUUUUGGAGCUGGUUAAGAGUUUUCAACCUAGCAACAGUGGUGAAAAAUCAACACAACAUGGCGAAACGAAAUCGGCAAAGGAGAAUAUGGCAAGUCAGGAUAAGGAGGAAUUCAGAGGAAGUGAAAGCAAUCUGGAGAGAUUGUUCUCGUUGUUAAAAGAAAGUACAACCGAAGAAGAAAAGGGAGAUAAGAAAUCUUGGGUUUUGUUAAAAGUUCCUUCAAAGCAACCACAAGAUGAGCUAGGAAUGUUGACAGAUCCAGCGGCAACAGAAAGCGACAAUAAUGACAACGACUCAAAACACGAAGACACAAAAAAAGUGCAAGAAAACAAAGUUAAAAAGCAUCACAAAAAGAAAGCAAAGUUAUCGCAUACAAAGCAAAGCAACAGAAGGCUGCUGACGAAGAUUCAGCAUCAGGUUAAACAACUUGCCCACCUCGUAAACAAACAAGAUAGCCAGGGGAGAGAAACGUCUGCUCAAAAGCAUCAGAAGUUACCUGAAACACCUCAGCAAAGUUACGAAGGAAAAUCGUUCACGACUUUAAGACGAGUCGCUUCGAAAACAUUGAAAAGUGAACCGCUACAAGAGGUGAAUGCGGUGAAAACGGACACGACCAGCUACGAGAAUAGCGUGAGGAAUUUGCUUAAAGCGUUGGAGAACAGCGCUCAUAAACAUUCCAUUAAGUCCGUGAGCCACGUGUCAAAAUACGAGGAUGAAGGGAGGAAAAUGAAACCUCGACAUCGUAAAAUUGACUUGGUGCCUUUGAAGAAUAUGGAAGAGCAGGCUUCAAGUAAAGAUCUCGUCAGUGGAGCAAACACUCCAGGUGGCGCCGUUGUUUCCCUUGAUGCAUUGCGUCAGCUUGGUUCGUUAUUGGGUUUAUCCUCUCCGAAACGUAACGAGAAGAGAAUCUCUCCGUACACUGGAACAGAGGACACCCUUACGCUUGCAACACCGAUGCCACCUACACCUACACCUACCCCCACAGUUCCUCCAGCGCCUGCCGUUGCACCCAGUGUACAAUACAAUACCAACCAACAGAAUUCUCUCGCUCGGAUCAGUGAACAGCUGAAGAUGUUCGCAGAGAGAGGGUUGCGCAGUCACAACGAUUACAGAAAACUUCAUCACGCCGAGCCUUUGAAAUGGUCGGAAGAUUUGGCGUCAGCCGCCGAGAAACUCGCCUACCAAGCGGCAAAAAGAGGCAGCGCAAGACGCUCGGAAUUAGUCGAGAAAAAAGGCUAUGGCGAAAACGUUGCUAAGAUACCAAACAUAGCGCUUGAAAACGCCGGUGAAGAAGCGACAAGACAUUGGUACAACGAGAAACAGAAUUUCACGUUCUCCGAUCCUGUUGUGGAUGAGGGCACCAAAGCCUUUACCCAAAUCAUUUGGAAGGGGACAGAGACCUUGGGUAUGGGGGCAGCCAAGGACGACGACACGGGGGAACUUUACGUAGUAGCGUUGUAUAAUCCCAAAGGAAAUGAACAAGAAACUUUGAGGGAAAACUUGGCUUCAGAUGGCGAACAGCACAGCGAUGUAUACGCGAGUAUUUUCAAGAAGAGUUUUCCUGCACGACACGUGUAGCCAUGCAUAGGUUGCUUUCGCCUGCUCAACCGUGCAUGGUACUGCAGGGACUGGGGACAGUAUAGGUUUCACACCAAGCAUUUUAUACCAUGAAUAUAAGCGGUGAUCAACAUGAAGUACACUUUGAAAGUAUUUUAUAUCAAUGUACAUAAUAGUUCUGUACCGAGGAGGAACAAUUACCAAUAACCCAUCCAGUAAACUAUAUGUAGAUAGCUAAAGGCUGUGCCAAAACAAUAUAUUUAGCUUACAUUUAGGCUGAACCAUUAUAUUGUCUUCGCAUUGAGAGAAAGAACGACACUAUAGAAAACCAGCUACCUUUAGGUUUUCUUCAAAAUCGACGACGGUAAAGUGAUAAUGGCUGAACAAUUUACGUUCAUUCUGUUUUGUAUUGAAAUCGUAGAAUAUUAUUAUCAUGGUAAAAAGUGUAAUUAAUUUUAUUUAAAUCCAAUGUUAAAUGAAGGCCCAUGAACAC